CUGAGCUAAGGUAGAAAUUUUAGGCGGUCUUUAUUAAUUCAUUUAAAAAUGCCUAUUUUAUGGCCGUAAAGCAUAAAUUUUGUGGAAAUAUGUCAGUAAGCCGUUUGGAUGUUUUAUAUAGAAAAAUCGUUUUGAGUAAAUACUUUACGAAAGGAUGGGGAUCACCUGAAAAUAUGCACAAGUUAUUUGAUUUUAGAAAAAAAAUAUCAAAUAGAGACACAUGUUACAGAUUAGUGCCAAAAGAAUAUCCAAUUAAAAUAAUAAAUGUAGUAAAUAGAUCGGAUUGUCGCAUAAUCGAAGGUAAAUUCAGAAGUCCCUUUUCCCUGCAUUUACCGGGCUUAGUUAGGAAGGAAGUCCAGGAUUCCUAUUUUCAAAUGAUCCUUCCAUUGAAAUGGAAGAACGAUUACAAACCAAUUUGCAUACACUUGGCAGGCACAGGUGACCAUUACUUUUGGCGAAGGCGAAACAUAAUGGCCAAACCAUUGCUCAAAGACGGAAUAGGUGCUAUUAUAUUAGAAAAUCCUUUCUACGGCGUCAGGAAGCCCAAGGAUCAGCAACGGUCUAGCGUUCACUAUGUGUCCGAUAUCUUCAUAAUGGGUGGUUGUCUGAUACUAGAGUGUCUUGUACUAUUAAACUGGUGCGAACAGUUAGGUUUUGGGCCUUUAGGAAUAACCGGAAUAUCCAUGGGCGGUCAUAUGGCUUCUUUAGCAGCAUCAAAUUGGCCAAAACCUUUAGUGUUAGUUCCUUGCUUAUCAUGGUCCACUGCAUCCUCAGUAUUUACAGAGGGUGUAAUGAGCGAAUCUAUCGACUGGGAUAUGCUCCAAAACCAAUAUGAAUCCAACAAAUUGUUCUAUUACACUUUAUCUAGAUUAUGUAAAAUUGUAGAUAAUCCUUUUGCCUGUGAUCUCAGUAAACCCUCAGAAACCCCUCUAGCCAUACCGAUCCACCUGCUGGACAAUUCGCACGUAUCGUACGUAACCCCAUAUCAGCUAAUCAGCUACCUCAACUUGAACCCCAAGUGCCAAAACGUCGCCUACAAGCCCAACCAGAAGGGCGGCGCGAAGGAAUUCUCGCUGAUGAACCUCCUGAAGGAGUCGCCCGCCAUAGCGGGCACCAGCAAGAAGGUGCAGGAGAUGAAGAAGCGCGACAGGGAGGCGUUGUGGUUCAUGCGGGGCAUCAUGGACGAGUGCACGCACCUGAAGAACUUCUCGACGCCCUUCGACACAUCGUUGAUAAUAUCGAUUUGCGCGAAGUACGACGGGUACGUGCCCAGGACGGGGGUCUCGACUCUCGAGGACAUUUGGCCCGGGGCUACUGUUAAGUACGUGGAGUGCGGCCACGUCGGCGCCUACGUGUGGCAUCGGAACAUCUUUAGAGAGUCGAUAGUGGAGGCUUUCGAUCGAGCGAUGCAAAAAAUGGAUCCCCCUUCGCAGGCUUUCAUAGAAAUCUAAUAUUCCAGUACCAUCGACCGUCUAGUGCCUUUUGCUCCAAAAAUUAUAUUUAUAUAUAUGUGUAUAUAUUGUUUAUGUUUUCGACUCCGAUGAGCAACAAAAUUAUUGUGAUACGUUCAUUAAAAUUCUUAUACAUC